AUGUCUGACUUAGGAAGAAAAAACAUCGGUGAUAAAGUUAACGAAAAAAUUACUCCAGACUCUGAAAAGAGUGGCUUAGAGAAGGCCAAGGAGACAGUUACUGGUAAAGCAGAUUCUCUUGCUGCUGAUGCAACUCCAGAGAAUCAAAAAUCUUUUUCUCAAUCUGUCGCUGACAGCGUAAAGAAGGGUUCUGAUGAUGCCAAGAAAAACGCCGGCGACCACAAGGAGACAUUCUCUGAGACUGCUGCUGACUACGUCGAUAAAGCUAAGACUCAAGCUUCUAACGCCGCUGAAUACGUUUCAAACGUAGUCACUGGUGCUGGUGAAGGUGCCAAGAAAGGUGGAAAGUAA